AUGAAGGUUGUGCAUACUAUUCAAGAGGUUCGUGAAUGGCGCAAGGAAUGUAAGGGCUCGACUGGCUUUGUUCCGACAAUGGGAUGUCUUCACGCGGGUCACGGUUCACUGAUCAAGCAAAGUCGCCUAGACAAUGAUUACACAGCGGUAAGCAUCUUCGUGAAUCCAUCUCAAUUCGCCCCUACGGAGGAUCUAGAUCAAUAUCCUCGUACAUUACCAGCUGAUAUCGAUCUUUUGGAACAAUUGGGCGUUGAUCUCCUGUUUGCACCCAAUGCAAACGAAAUGUACCCACAAGGCAUCCCAUUGAACGUUGAAGAUCAGCGAGGGCCUUUCGUCACCGUUUUGGGGGUUAGCGAAAUGCUGGAGGGCUCUACAAGACCUAAUUUCUUCCGUGGAGUGGCCACUGUGGUUGCUAAACUUCUCAACAUCGUUACUCCAACAGUCGCCUACUUUGGUCAAAAGGAUAUUCAGCAGUUUAUCGUCCUAGAUACGAUGGUUCGUCAACUGUUCAUCAAUACCCGUCUGCAAAUGAUGCCCAUCCAACGUGAUUCUCAAGGAUUGGCUCUCAGCAGUAGAAACAAGUAUUUGUGUCAAGAAUCCUUAACAAUUGCGUCAAACCUCUAUAAGGGGCUACAAAGAGGCUGCCAGAUGAUCCAGGACUCUCCAAAUGUCAUAAGUGCGAAUGAUGUUAAAAACGUUAUCUCUGAGAUGUGGUUCCCACACCUAGCUCAGGGAGAUUUCAAGAUAGACUAUCUGUCAAUUGCCCAUCUACAAACGCUCACUGAACUCUCCAAAAUAGAAGCGAAACGCGACCACAAGAUUGUUAUCAGUUGUGCUGUUUAUGUCAAAGACAGGAAGCAGCCCACUGUAACAGUAAGAUUGAUAGAUAACAUCAUCCUAUAA